AGUCAUUUAUAAAAUCUUUAAUUAUUUUAAGACGGAAAGAGUGUAUUGUUGAUAAGUUAAAGCAUACAGUUUAGUGUUAUAAGUCGCAGAGAUAGUUCAAGGAGUAAAGAAACUGUUGCUUAUGUUGCAAGCAAUUCAUUUCUUUCUGUUAUGUGAAUGUAUUAGCGAAAUUAGGAUUUAUUUUCGGUUCUGAACAUAGAUUUCUAGUGUAAUUAAGUUAUCAAAAAACAAAUAUAUUUCACACACACAAAAAUGGAUUUAAGUCUGUUAAAUGAUGAGGCAAUGGAUGAUUCAUUCUUGGUAAUUCGAGCCGAAGCAAUGGACGAUGAAGUAACACAAAUCUUUAAGAAGUGGAAGUUGAAUAACCCACUGCCAAAAAAGGAUGUUGAGAAUAUUAAUUCCGUAAAUAUUGUCAAUAAUGAGACAUUUGAUUCACGAACAUUCACAAGACCAGCAAAAAGAAGAACAUUUAACAUAUCUGACUCAAAUACACCUCCUUCACUGCAGUCUGUCAACUCGGAGAUGCAAUCGAUGGAAUCUGGCAUUGCAUCAAUAAAUCUUCAAGUGGGUGGCACCUUUACACCAUUAUCAAUGCAGCGAAGCUGGUUAAAUGAUGUCUCGCCGCCUUCAUCGAUCUGCACUUCAAUGGACUUCCAAAAUAACGACACAAUGUUGAAUAGUCUCAUAACAAGUAGUGACUUUACAAACAUUAGUUUCCUAUCGAAUAUGCAAGAUAAUUUGGAGCAGACUAGACGAUUAAAUAAUGCAAAUAUUGUCAAUAAUAAUAAUCGAGAGACUCCAGUGACGUCAGUGAACAACAAUCCAAAUAAUAUUAGUCAAAACUUGAUGAAUUUUACGUUCGAUGUCAAUAAAACAAUCACAAAUAAUCAGCCAAAUGCAACAUUUGUAGGCAGGACAUUUGUUGCAGCAGCAACGACAACAGACAGUGAGCCAAUAAAAGAGAUAGGAAUAGAAAAUGCUGACAUGCGAUUGAAUGUGAGUACGGAGGAUGUUGGAAAGAAUCUCACGUUUAACAAGUACGAGAAUGGCAAUAUAACUUGGGAAAAAGUUCAGGAUUUAAGGUUGAGCAAUGGAAGUAAUCCGGAAAAUAAUGUUGUACAAUCAACACCCGUUCACAAUCAUCCAGAAAAUGAUCAUAAAAAUAAAUUAAGGAAAAACUUUGAUGACACAAUAUCGCCAAUAAGUAGUUUACAAGCACAAAAUUCAAAUAAUAAUAAUAAUAAUGCUGACGAUGACGAUGAUGAGAUUCUUUUAAGAAAUAUUAAAGGUAGAAAAUUAGUCAAUGAUAUCACAAUGGAAGAUUAUAGAAACUCAAUUGAGGAUCAAUGUGAAUUUUUACUUAAUGAAGAAACAAUAAAAUUGUCAACGCGCGUUUGUGGCGAGUCAUUUGAGUGCCUAAAAGAUCUUCGAAAUGCCUUAAUUACAUCUGCAGAUGCCAACGAGAAGGAAUUUGAUGAAAUGUUGGACACAUUUAAUGUCCAAAAGUCACGAGAAAGCGAGAAGCUUUUACAGUCUGUGGAUAGCAUUAAGCAGCGUCAUUCACUCAUAAAUAUGGAGAAGCAAAAGGAAGAUAAAAGACAGAAGAAAGACUGUGAAAAUGAUAAUAGGACACAGUAUGAUGUGAUGAAUAAAAGUAGCGAGAGACUAUUGAAUCGAAGAUCCCGUCUUUUUGACGACGUCAAUUUACAAUUGCAGAAGCAGCAAAAUGAGGCUUCAAUGAAUGGAAAUGGAAAUGAAUCUGGGAGUGUCCAUCAUAAUUUACAAUCCGUCGGAAUCGAUGCAGAAAAUGAAGUCAUUGACAAGAACGACCGAGAUCGUUUUAAAACAAUCAAAUUAAAUCGACCAAGAUUGCAAAAGGGAAUGGUAAUUGUUGAUACGCAAGAGUCAGAGGAACAGCAGCAGCAACAGUCACAAAUUCCAUCGAAUGAAGUAAGUCCAGGAAGUAAUAAAGAACGAAGAAAUCAGAUUAAUCAACAAAAACAGCAGGAAGAUGAAAGUGAAUUCAAAAAGCCACCCGCAAUGUCCAAAUUGUCAAAAUUCGGAUUCUCACGCCCUACAUAUAGAUCCAGAAAUGACCUCAAUCUUCCACUUAAAGCAAACUCGACUGAUAGCCUUGAUAAUGAUACUGAUUUAUCCACAAAUUCAAAGAAAACUGUGUCAAAUUUGAAAUCACCGAUGGGAAUCAAGUCCAAAUCGAUACACAAUCUGAUGUAUAACGGAAGUGGCAGUUCACAAAAUGGUAUUCGAAUGUCGAGCAACUUGAAACUUUAUCCUGAAACCACCAGAUCUCAAUCGAACCUGAAGGGUCCGCGAGCAUCAUCAUUAGUUCGUCCUGUGGAUAACAACUUUAAGGUUCCACAAUCAUUUCAACCAAGAGCACAACCAACAAACCGAAAAACAGCUGGGCUUGUUCGUCCAUCAUCUGGGUAUUAUGGCAACGGGACAACAAAACGAUUAGAUUCAGAUAAUGAGUCAUAUAGUCUUUCAUCAUCAUCGGCAAGCUCUAGAAAUAGUGUACAUUUAUCUCUCGCACCAGAGCAGCAAUUAUAUCAACAAAACAGCACUGAAGAAUUAGAUCAACCGAUAAAGAAGCCAUCAGGUGCAAUUCCCAAACCUUCAGGAAUCGCACGUCCAAUGAGCGGACUUCCAAGACCACAAGUGAAGAGCGGAUUACCACAUCCGAAUUCGUCAAUUGCAAGACCAGCUACGGCGUCAUGAAAUUUUUUAAAUCCAAAAGAUUUUUCUAAUGAACAUUUUAUACUGUGGAUAGUAUUCAUUGAAUUUUGUUUGGUCUCUGCAAGUUUCGGAUUAUGUACCUUUAGGUUUUUAAUGAAAUAACAUUGUGCUAUUACCUAUUAUAUCUAUGAAGAUGAAGAUGAUUUUCUUGUUUAGUCAAUGUCUGUCAAUGAUGUUUCUUAUUUUAUAUGUUGCGAAUAAUCAAUUUUAGUUACUAUAGAAACACGUUACUGCUUCUUAUUCCUUAAAUGAACUUUUGUGCCCAUAAAAAAAAGCGUUAAGACUUUUGAUUUGAUUUCAAAAACGAAAUGAUGAUAGAUGAAAGAAAAUGAGGAUUUUACUAUAUCAUUCCCAUACCAUAAAAGCCAUUCUUUUUGCGAAAAAAUAAAAGAAAUAUUUGGCAUUUUUCUACCAAUAAUAUCAAUGCAUUGUGAAUUGAUUGCGUAUUAUUACCAUGAAUAAUUCUCUCUACUAAUAUUAUAUCGAAGACUCCAAAACACUAACAUACAUGCAUAAGUUAUCGCAGAAAAAAAAUUAAAUAAAAAAUCAAGUACUAAUAAUAAAAUUAAUAUGAUGCUAAAAACUAAUCAUUUUAUGAUGAAAAAACAUAUUUACUUUCAUUUUUUCUAUCAUUCAUCCAUGAAAACGCAUAAAUAAUAAAAAUAAAAAUCGACUG